GCUGCCACGCCGCUGCAUGCAGGAACUCGCAUGAACUAAUUUUCUCACUCCGAGGCGAAGAGAGGUUAGAUCCUCCUUUAUCGCGUGGAAGAAUGGCGGACGCGAAGAAAGAACCUGCUCCUCCAACUAAAAAACUGCCGGCGGUGCCGGAGUCGGUAUUGAAGAGGAGAAAACGCCGUGAGGCAGUGAAGGCUGCGCGUCUACAGAUAUCGAUUAAGCAACGUGCAAAUCGUUAUAAGAAGAGAAAGCAGAUCUUCAAAAAAGCUGAAGAAUAUGUGAAGGAAUACAGGAGAAAGGAGAGAGAUGAAAUCCGAUUGAUGAGACAGGCUAAAAACCGUGGAAAUUAUUACAUUCCUGGUGAAGCGCGUCUCGCGUUUGUUACCCGUAUUCGAGGUGUGAAUCAAGUUGCUCCCAAAGUGCGGAAAGUACUGCAGCUGUUCCGUCUGAAACAGAUCAACAAUGGUGUCUUCGUGAAGUUGAACAAAGCGACGAUCAACAUGUUGCGUAUUGUCGAGCCUUACAUUACGUGGGGGUAUCCUAAUUUGAAAUCGGUUCGCGAGUUGAUCUACAAGCGCGGUUUUGCCAAGAUAAACAGGCAGCGCAUACCGAUCACUAGCAACUCCAUCAUUGAGAAGAAGCUCGGUCGCUCUAAUAUCAUCUGUACCGAGGACUUGAUCCACGAGAUAUUCACUGUUGGUCCCAAAUUCAAAUUCGCCAGCAAUUUCCUGUGGCCCUUCAAGCUUAAUACACCAAAUGGCGGAUGGCGUAAGAAGACCAAUCAUUAUGUAGAAGGUGGUGACUUUGGAAAUCGAGAAGAUAAGAUUAACGAGCUUCUCCGAAGGAUGAUAUAAACUUAUAAAAAAUCUUCGUAAAUAAAAUUUAAUCAAACUCA